GGGUGGUCACCUGAUAAGAGUACAGCCAGCUGGGUAAACAUGGCGUCUGUGUCUGGAUGUGAUAAUUACAUGUAGCGCUUCUGUCUUGUAAUGGUGUUUCUGUUUCGCCAACGUCCCGCGCUGUAUCCCAGAACAGUGGCGUGCUGGACACGACGCAUGAAGACAUGAAGGACAGAAGGAAAGAGACGCCUCACUGAUGCUGCUUUAUAUGUGUUUCUCUCUGCACAGCGUGCAUGGUCUGAUGCCUGCCCGGGUCGUCUGAUUGGCGCAAGAUAAUUGCUUUUGUUAACAGACAGACACUGAUUUGUAUUUCUGUCGAGGCGUCUACUUUGUCAUUGUAUCUGACCCAAAUCAAGCCUCUUUGUUCUGUGGACUCCUUCAACGCAGCACAAUGAUCAGUCCGACUGCACUCUAUGUGGCUGCCCUCCACCGCUGUGCCCUGACAGCUGAUUUAUGACUAUUACUGUGUGUCGUGUUUCUCAUGUCUUGCUCGACAAUAUCACUAUGAUAGGCUCACCUGACGUGGUGGCUUUCACUAAAGAGGACGAGUAUGGGCAGACACCUCCAGACCCCUGGGCUCUCCCUGAUGAGUUCUCUAUCCCUCUCCAUCCGCUGGCUGACUCCAACCCCUGGGCUAAAACCUCCUAUGCCAAGUUCACCAAAGACUUCAUCCUCAUCUCUGAGUUCUCUGAGCAGGUGGGCCCUCAGCCUCUCCUCACCAUCCCCGAUGACCCCAAAAUCUGUGGCACCUUCGAUCUCAACUACUUCUCCCUGCGCAUCAUGUCGGUGGACUACCAGGCCUCUUUCGUGGGGCAUCCACCUGGCAGUGGCUACCCAAGGCUCAGCUUCGUGGAGGACUCUAGGGUGGUGCUGGGCGACUCAAAGGAGGGGGCGUUUGCCUAUGUCCAUCACCUUACGCUUUAUGACCUGGAGGCGAGGGGCUUUGUGCGACCGUUCUGUAUGGCGUACGUCUCAGCAGAUGAGAGGAAAAUCAUGCUGCAGUUUCAGGAGCUGUCCCUCCGCUUCUCCCAGGCCUCUGAGUGUCUAAAGGCAGGGAACAGGAGAGCGUUUGCCAAGGAACUCCAGAGGAAGCUUAGAGACCUGGAGUACACUCACUCUGUGCUGCAGAGGGAGGAGGGCCUGCAGAGAGAGGCAGGGCCUCAGUGCAUGUACUCUGCUCAUGCUGUGGAGAAGGCCAACGAGCUCGCAAAUGUGGAAAAGAGCAUCUAUGAACACAGAGACCUGCUGAGACAGAUCAGCUCGUACCACCGCCGUCCGCGCCGAGAUCCUCACGUCGUCAGCUGCCAGAAGUGCAUCACCGAGUGCUUGAGUGAGUGUGAGCAGCUGUUAGACAAAUAUGCCAAGCUUGCCAACCCCUUCAGUUACACUGCCAAAGGGGAGGCGGGGCAGAAGGGUCGGGCUGAUGAUGAAGGCGGUGAAAAAGAAGGGGACGAGGAACAAGAUGAGGGCGUUAAACGCAGGUCAUCCUACACGCCGCAGCUGAUCAAAGGUAAAUCUGCAAAGUGUUUCGACAAGCGUCUGAAGACCCUGCAAGAGCUGUGCGACGUCACUUUCUACGAGGCCACCGUGGAGCUCCUGAAGAAGACGGAGAGGAGUUUCCGGGGGGACCUGUGUUACCUGUACACACGUCGCCUGGACAGGGCCUUACGCAGGAAACUAAGAGUAACCAACUUCCUGUUUGAGGAGGACCUCGGUGAUGAUGAUGAUGAGGACGAAGGGGGAACAUUAAGACCAUUCUGUGCUGUGAGCCAUGCUGUAGAUAACAAUACACUCUUAAACCCUCUUCCUAUUGUGCUAGGACCAGAACCUCUAGAGCUCGAUGCUCUGGAGCCUCCAGAUCCUCUAGACCCAGCAUCUGGGACCAGCCAUACUCAAGGGAGUGAGCUUGGGCUUGUGGAGAGCCAUCUGGAGUCCUCCCCGUCAGACCAGACUCUGGAGACCCAGGAGAGCUCUGAGGAGACCAAAGGAAGCUUUAGCAGCGGUAAUAGCGGGAUGGGUCUUGCAGAUGGGCAACAGAAUCUGGCUAGUAGGAAGUCAGAAGCUCCCGAUCCUGAUUCUGACUUGACCCCUGACCCAGACCAAAACACUGACCUGGAGAGGGAGAGCAGCAGUGAAGAGAUGGAGACCACCGCUGGGGAGGACGAAGGAGACGAUACCCCCGUGUCUUUGCUGGAGGUGGUGUCUGAGCUGGAGGCCGGCAGGGAGGAGGAGCGCGAGGGAUUACCUGAGGGACCUUGCAACAUGGAGUCUGAGUUGUUGGUUCCUUUAGACACAGCGUGCUGUAUGGCCCAAGAGGGUUUCCUUUAUGAGGCUUCUGCCCCAGAGGUGGUGCAGCCCUGUCAAACACUGGUGGUCAACCAGGAGCCCCACGCUCUACUUCCACUCCAGGAUGACUACACGGUGGGUUCUCCAUCCUCAGAGAGCCCUGCAGCUGGGCUGGAGCUGCCUGCGGGGCACCUUGGAGACGCAGUUUCUCGUACCUCAGCGGAGGAUGGGUCGGACUGUACCAUGAGCGCUUCUACAGGGUCUGAUCUCGGCUACGGGGGGGUUGUGACUCUGCGUCAGAGGAAGAAGGCUGGACAAGGGGCCUUGAGGUUUGUGCGACAGUACCCCUUUGCCAUUCAAGCUCUGUGGUGUCUCCUGAGCGGCAGAACCCUGGUGGUGCUCGGGGCAGAUGAGGGGAGAGUCCGCCGACUGGUUGCUGCUCUGGCCCUCUUUGUGCCGGCUCCUGGGAAGGGUGGAGACAGGGUCCAAGCCUGGCUGUCCUGCCCCUUCACCCUCACUGAUCUGCAGAGGUGGAAACUCAUUGGACUGCAAAGAGUAGCGUCCCCAGUGGGUUCCAGCAUGCUUUACUCCCUGUCCCGCUACAGUCGCUACAUCUCCAUCCUGGAUGCCGACCAGAAGACCUUGCGCUGUCCGCCGUAUCGUGGCCAACUCCUUGCCAACAUAGCCGACCACCGCACCUACAUCCGCCGCGGUUCCACCUACUUCCUCCACCUACAGAGCACGCUCUGUCAACUGGCAGCCGAGGCCUUCCUGUUUACCUUCACCCACCACCUCCACCUGCCGGUCAGCGCCACGGAGGGCCCCGAGGGGGUGCAGGGCAGACGCCUCUGCUUCCUGCAGGAGCAGCUGGGGCUGGGCGAGGAGGACAGCCAGAUACUGCUCUACCUCAGCCAGCUCAUCACUCAGCAGUACCUGCAGCCCGCCACCGGGAGCAGCGCAGCAGCAACUUGUUUUAGUUUUAACUACACCACCAGCGUUUUAUACAAAAUCUGAUAUUACACUAGGAGGAUGAUUUCCACACCCUUUUUAGCCGAAAUCAUCUGUGACCCUUUGGUUUUUAAUGGACCAAAGGUGAUCUUAAUAAGGUCUAAGGUAAUUUUAGUUUCAGGACAAACUCUGCACUGGUUAUCGUUUUAUCUGUGUAAUCUCUCUUUCUGCCUUGCUGUCUUUUUCCUCCGGUCUUUCUCUUUCUUCUGUGUGCAGAAAAAAGGAGAAAUAGUGAGUUGUGAAUGUCAGUGAGUGAUUCAAUUUGCCUAUGUGUGUUCCAGAGCACAUUGACACUCACAAACACAAGCUUAACAGAGCAGACGGUCGGUUCCACUUAUUGUCAUGUGUGUCUUUUUCACCCUAAUGGAAAGAAAUGUAACUUGCGCUGGCCUGUUUAACCUCUCCUCACCACACACACACACACACACACACACACACACACACACACACACACACACACACACACACACACACACACACACACACACACACACACACACACACACACACACACACACACACACACACACACACACACACACACACACACACACACACCCCCCGUGUUAAAUAACUCAAUCCAACAUGGCUGUGUCUUGUAAGUGCUGAGCUGACACGUUCAAUCACAGGUCUGUGUUGUUAAUACCCACCAAUCACUAAGCAGUUUGUCAGCUAUGAUAUCAUCUCAGCUAAAUAUAAACAUGUUUUUCAACCAUCUCAACAUAUGCUGCCAUUUUCUGCUUGUGGAGAACAGAUGCCUCUACGGAUCUGCCCGUGAAACCUUAUUAGCACCCACAGGCUUGUUACAGCUGGUUUUGUGACAUGCUUCUGUUUUUGGAAACUUCCACACAAGUCCAAACUUUUUUUGUGAAGCUAUUUUAUUUCUUGAAUUUUUUUUUUUGUGAAUCAAAUUUAACAUACAUUCCUGCAUAAUCUUUAUUUUGUUCCAAACUGGGACACAAUGUUGGAUUUUGGCUGAGGAGAUUUGACUUUCUGAGAACAUGGAGGAAACAUUCCCAUUUUUACUGGUUGAGAUGCAUGAGGAAGUGUAUUUGUUUAGUGAAUUAGACCCGGUCGGCCCCCACGUGAUAUUUGCAUGUCCAGAAAUAAUGUUGUCACGAUACAUACUCACACAUGUUGGGCCAGCGGCAGCCAAAACCUGUCACUAGAAAGGGCUGGCGAGCAUUUUUCAUGGAUAUUACUCACACAGUCGGGAACAUUUUAAAGCUACUUAACCUAAAUGUAUUGAAUUUCACUGUUGUCUUAAAGUUGUGCGCGAGUGUUGUGGUGUCAGCAUGGGACUGUCUUGUGCCAGAGUGAAUCACUGUGUUGAUAAUAUUUCAGUUUUGUCGUAUUUGGACAGUUUGAGGAGAUGUUGCUGAGACAGCGAUGAUGUUGUUUGUAUAGAUUUUAUUAUGGGGGGGGAAAGAUUACCUGUGCCAUCAAAAAGCAAAACUCUAAAGUUGACUCUUAUUGCCUAUUAUUUAUUGUCUUCUGAACAACCCUUGUAUGAAAUGAACAAAACCUUCUGUAUUUAUUACUAUAGGACAAAAUUUGGAAUAUGACUGUCGUGAUGAGUACGCCCCGAUUUUUCUCUUUGAAGAGGAUGCUGGAGAAUUUCAAAAGUAGGAAACCUUUUAAGUUCUGUCACAUGGGCUAGUAAAAACCCAAUAAAGGAAUUGGAUCAUGUUUUAGAUUUUACUGUUCCUAAUUGUGUGGCGUUAGUGAUGCAGCUGUAAUUCUGUAUCUAGAAUGUUAACUGUACUUGUGACUGCAUGGUCAGAGUUUUAAUGUGAAAGGUUAAACAAUGGUUGCUGUCCUUCCUGCUACGAACAAGACACGUUUAGAUUUUGAGGCAUAUGUUUUAACUAACAACAACCUCACAUAUUAUUUUUUACUUCCACCUAAUGUAUUAUUUCAGUUUGGUGCUUGGUAUUUCUUUUUCGCUGUAUGGGAUGUCUUUUUACUUUUGUAAUUGCUUGAAUAACACAUUUUACUGCUAAGAUGUUACUUAGGUUUUAUCUUUCUAAUGCAAAAAGGUGAAUGUAAUCUAAAUAAGCCAUACCACAGUGUGCUUAACAUGUCGUCACUCAGUGUCCUUAUGUUGCCAUAUCAUGUCCGCCUUUUGUAUUUCACCAUGAGGGUGGGGGGGUCGUGCUCACUUCGGCCCUGGCUGUGAGACACGACUGCGUUGUUGCCAGUGAUUUUAAUAAAGCACGUUGUGAAUGUCUUGACACUUUCAUGUUAAAUGUUUAUUGGUUUAAUCCAUUAAAUUAUUUGAAUCUUUUUCCUUUUUUUCUGUCAUAGGUAACGCAGGCCUUAGGUGAUUGUGGUGAAUCUCACAGUGAGAUCAUCAUUAAACGUCAACACUGCCAACA